AUGAAGACCUCGCUGAGUUCUGAUUUCAUGAAAUUUUUCGGCGGCGGCGGCGGUGGAGGUGGUGGAGGAAAUAAUGCUGCUCAGGCAAAGAAGGUCACUCGAGAUGGCCAAACUCCCAAACGACGAGGUCCCAAGCCUGAUAGCAAACCGGCCUUGACCCGGCGACAGGAAUUAAAUCGUCAAGCUCAGAGAACCCAUCGCGAACGCAAAGAACAAUACGUGCGCACCCUGGAGACCGAACUGUCCCGGUUACGAGAGGCCUAUACCCAAGACAUUUCCUCCGCCAAUGCUACCGUGCAGCAGCAGCGACAGGUCAUCCACUCUGUGACCGAGGAAAACGACAUCCUGAAAGAAAUCCUCUCCGCCCAUGGCAUCUCCUACGAAGCCGAACUCGAACGUCGCAAGGCUCAGCGUCCGGCCCCUGGUUAUCAUCAAUCGAGUCCCUUUUCCAAUAGCAUGGGUGCCUCGACCGUGCCUAGCGGUCCUGCAUCCAACCACAACGCCUACACCACACCGCCCACCACUGUCGCGUCGAGUCUGAGCCCGCGGAACGGUUCUGAGAAGGGAGCCGAUAUCUCGUCCAGGUCAGGAUCUUUCUCCCAUUCUCAUUCUCAUGCGCAUGGUAUGCAAUGCGAGUUUGGCUUCCUGGACGGAUCGAGGAUUGGAUCAGCCGGAAUGCAUGAGCCGGUGCAGACCCAGCCGGGUGUUUUUGAGAACGAUCCUCAGCUUCAGAUCGACUUUAUCCUGACCCUGGAGGGACCAUGUCGCGAACAUACCGACUAUCUCUGUCGACGAUCGGUAACCGAGGCCGACGACGAAGAUAUGCCGUUCUCCGGCCACGCGCUGAUGGCCAGCUGUCCCCCACCGAGCUACAUUGCCAACACGACCGAUAGGAACCCAUACCCGCACAAGACGUACGAUCUCCCGGCCGCCAACCUAUCGACCCUGUUCAACCUCAGCAAGCAACUGGUCACGGAAGGCCAGAUUACGCCGAUCAUGGCUUUGAAGCAACUGAAGAGUGAGGCCGUGUAUCCCACGCUGAGCCGGGACGAUGUCAGAAUCAUCAUGGACACACUGAACACCAAGGUGCGAUGCUAUGGAUUUGGCGCCGUAAUGGAGGACUUUGAGCUGGCGGAUUGUCUGAGCAGCGUGUUGGGGACCAAGGUCGAUGCAGGGAUUCAUGCUCACUCGCAGGAUGAGCUGAUGUAUGCGUGA